AUGGAUUCUGAAUUGUCGGUGAAUUCUUUGUUCACAAUUAAUUUAAUUGUUCCGUUUGACUCUAAUGUUAGCAAAUCUCUUGUGCUUAUCCAACAUUUGACGGCGGUUUCUAUUUGUAAAGCAAUUACGGAAUUUAUACCGGAUUUCCCUAUCAGAAUUAAAUGGCCAAACGAUCUUUAUUAUAAACGCGAAUUUAAAUUGGGUGGAAUAUUAGUUUCAAGUUCGCAAUCAGACAGUGGAUAUAAUUGUUCGAUUGGUGUUGGUUUAAACAUAGCCAAUUCAAAGCCAACAAUUUGUAUUAAUGAUUUAAUUUCUGAAGAAAUCGGGAAACUUGAAACUGAAGAUGUUAUUGCAAAAAUAUUGAAUAAAUUUGAAACUCAACUCGAAUUACUCAAAUCAAAAGGCUUUGCUUAUUUAGUACGCGAUUAUGAAAAGUUCUGGUUACAUACAAACGAACAAGUUUCAAUUAGCCUGGCUUCUGGGAUUCAAGAAAAGGUUACAAUAAAAGGGCUAGAUGAAAAUGGUUAUUUGUUGGUACUUAAAGAAUCUGGAGAAUAUGAAAGUGUAAUGGAUAAUGGUAGGCAUAAAGCUUUGAGUUUUAUUCUUAAGUUUGUUAAGUUUACUCUUAAGUUUGUUAGUAUACUUAAUUAUUCAAGUUUAUUUUUAUAUUUCAAGUUUUUAAGUUGCUUAAGUUUUCAAGUUUAA